UUAGAUUUAAACGUUCUGCAGAAUAAACUAUGAUAUCAGAAUGUAAAAUAACUCCAGUGUUUAUACGCGUGUACUAUCGUUGAAGAAUGUUUUGGAAUCGUUGAUGCUAAGCUAAUCCCAGACCUGCAGGGAUGCACCGCGACCAGAACCAGAACUACCAGCGGGUUCCUUUUACACAGAACCUGUAUGGAGCUCCACCCGGUCCGUUUGACAGAGGCGGUUUUGCUCAGCACUACCAGAACCCUGCGACUUACCAUAACCCAGGUCCAGCUCACAUACAGGGGCGACCAUCAGCAUCAGCUCCGACCUUCCAGAACUUCAGCACCGACCCGGUGUACCAGGCGGCUCCUCCUAAUCAGUUCCAGCAGGGAUGGACGCUUCAUCAGAACGACCUGCAGAGUCUGGAGGUGAAGAAGAAAUCGGAGGAGUUUCUGCGCUACCUGGAGGCGAAAGAUCGUCUGGAGUUAUCCGGCGAUACGGUGGAGAAAGGAGCGAGAAAGCAGAGCGUGGACGACGCCGAUAAGCACGGCCGGAGAACCAGGAGCCGGAGCAGGAACCGCAGCCGAGGCAGGAGUCGGGGCAAGAGCCGAGCUCGCAGCAGGAGUCGAGGCAGGAGCCGAGGAAGGAGCCGAGCCCGGAGCAGGAGCAGGAGUCGCAGUCGGGGGAAGAGCCGGACCAGAGCCAAGAGCCGAGCCCGGAGCAGGAGUCGAGCCAAGAGCCAACCGCGCCCAGAUAAACGCUCGCACCGCAGCAGCACCACCGGAGAGGGCCCGACCACACCCGGCGGCGGUGUCCCGGACCUGAUCGAGAACCUGAAACAGGUCCUGCAGAGCAAAGAUCUGGAGAAACAUCUGGUCAUGGUCAGGAGCAGCUUCAUCAGCAAACAGACCCCAGAUCAGGUACGAUCACCCGACCUCCAGCCUGCACAUCUCCAGAACCUUCCAAACCUCCAGACAAGGCUCACAGACCCUGAAGUCCGUGCUGACCUGAACCGGACCCCCGUGCUCCCUCACGAGCUGGCGGGAGGAACCGACGCCCCUCUACCCCAGAUCUUCCCCUGGGACGAGCCGAGCCAGAAGCUGGACCCCCUCCUGAUGAGGCGCGAGUUCUCCAGCGUGGAGGACGAGGAGGAGUUCCUGUACGGGGACGAAGAGGGGAAGAAGAAACCCCAGGCGGUGACCGUACCUCUCGCCCAAACCAGACCCGCCCUGCAGGAGCCCCGAGCCCAGGCCGUGCCCCUGAAGCGGGCCCCGACCCCGGAGGUCCCGGUGGUGACGGUGCAGGAGUGUGAGAAGGUCAGGACCAUGCUGAGGACCAUCGGCUUGGCCCUGAGCGAGGCUGAUAUCAGCAGGAUGGCGGCGCUGAUGAAGAAGAAGCAGGAGGAGCAGAGGGGUUCGAGUCCCAACCUGAGCGUCCGAAACACGGCCCAGAUCCUGCUCAACACAAACACAGUGCACACGUCUGAGGACGGGCGCGGCACCCGAUCAGGAAGCAGCCAAUCACACCGCGACCCUGAACCCAGAGAGAAGACUGAUGAGAGAGAGAAGGAGAGGCGAGAGAGACACAUCCAGCAGAAGAGGAAGGAGUAUCUGGUGAAGGAACUGCAGGGGCUCCUCAAGAACGAAGGAUCGGGUGAUUUGAUCCCGGUGAUCGGGUUCUUCUGUCAGAAGUGUGAGGAGUUUUUCGGGGAUCUGAGCAGCGCCGAGGGUCACAAACACCCCGACCCCAAACAGGUUCUGACGGCGCCGCCGGUUCAGCACAAGGAUCCGAGGAGACCCGUCGACCCAGAGGACCGAGACGAACGCCGGACAGAGAGGAAGAGGAGCAGGGGACCCGAGGAGAAGUCCGGCGAGACCGGGGGCGGGAAAAAAGACGAGCCGGACACGCCCAAGAGCGAGAAGAAGAAAAAGAAGAAGAAAGAAAAGAAGCUGAAGAAGAAGAAGGAGAAAAAGAAUAAGAAAGAGAAGCAGGGGAAGAACUGAUCAGAGACGCUGUUAUAAACUCGUCGUGUCGGGGGUGGGACGAUACGAUACGGUCCGAGUAUCACGAUACUCGUGUAUCACCAUAUAGUGCCAAAACAGAAACGAAAUCGGCCGCAUGUUUAACACACUCGGAUCAGACGGUGUACAGCAGUGCUACAGGCGUAUUGAUAUAUCAGUAUUGUGAUAGAAUGUAUCGCGAUAUCAGUAUCACAUCGGUGUAUCAGCCAACCCGGUCUUUAUCAACACAGAUUAGAGCAAAAUGUCAAAUUGAUCAAAACAAGAUAAACUUUAUUAAUAAAAUCGGUGGCAAUCUGGUCACACUGUGGUUUACAAGGUGCAACGUAAAGCCUCCACACAAGGGGGCGCACAUGUACAAGUUCAAACCGUUACUGAUUCACAGCUUCAGUGACUCGUGCUGGGACGUCAUUACCAGCAAAAUCCCCCCUAAAUUUGCAUCCACUAUCAUCCAAAACAAAUGUAAGGGUUGCCAGAUUUCAUGUGCAGCAAUCCCCUCUACAAUCCUGCCACAAUCCGGACCUGGAAAGCUGAAAUGAAGAUCUGGCAACCCUGUUUCGGAGCGAACAGAGCCACGCUUCAGACAGCAGGAUGAGGCUGCAAAUCAAUCGAAUGAUUAUCAACCGUGGACCUUAUCUUCUUGAGCUACAUUAGCCUGUAGUCAUACCCACUUCCCUGAAUGCGAACCUCCUCCACUGCUGCAGACCGAAGACACGGUGCCUCAUUCGGCUCACGCCGGACGCUUCUUUAUUUUCACCUGGUUGUGUCUGUCUCACGUCGGGCCGGGUCGGUAGCACCUCUGAGACGGUAACUGGAGACCCGGAGGCUGGACAGCGGUGGUGCAUUAAACCGGCGCAUCCGAGAUCCUGACGUUUGAACUUUUAACUGAAUAAAACUCAUGUCUGGAGUUUUCGUGACGGAGCUGCUUGUUGGUUUUGUUCUUCCUUAAAUAAAAAAUUUCACAUUAAA